AUGCUUCACUUCUCACAGAUGCUGCUGCUUUACCCUGCUUGCAAUUAUUUUGCUGAGCUGGAGGCUGCUCCUCGGGAAGCUGCUGGCCGCCAGUAUUCUUUCAGACCUGUGAGUGAGGCUGAUGUGCUUGCUGCUUUCAGGAGGAUGACCAGCAACGCAGUUGUGGCUGACAACAUACCUUUGCGCUUUCUGAAAGAUCCAUUGCCCAUCACCCUUCCUGUGUUAGCUGCCAAAAUGAGUGACUACGACUAUUUAAUUAAGUUCUUGUUCUUGGGAGACUCCGGAGUUGGGAAAACCAGUUUUCUCAUUCGCUACACAGAUGGAGUCUUUGCAUCAAAAUUUGUCUCAACUGUAGGAAUUGAUUUUCGACUUAAAAGAGUGGUAUACAAAACCCUGGGACGAAGCCAGAUUGUAAAUUUGCAACUUUGGGAUACAGCUGGUCAGGAAAGAUUCCGUAGUAUCACCACUGCCUACUAUAAGGAUGCGAUGGGCUUUUUACUGCUUUUUGAUCUCACCAAUGAACAAUCGUUCUUGGAGGUCCGUAAUUGGCUCGAACUUCUCAAGAUACAUGCAUAUUGUGAGAAGCCUGACGUGAUUCUCUGUGGGAACAAGGCUGAUUUGGAAGAUAAACGGGUCAUACCUAUUGAACGUGCUCGUGAACUCGCAGCCAGAUAUGGACUGCAGUACCUGGAGACGAGUGCUGAGAGUGGCCUGAAUGUAGACCGAGCCGUAGAGAUGCUGCUGGACAUGGUAAUGUGCCGGAUGGAGCGAGGUGUGGACGAAGCGAUGACCCGCUAUGUGGCUCGGUCUCCGGACAACGUUACUGUCGGGGAGAGCAGCAGCCAUAGUGGCUGUCAGUGUUAGCAGCAGUCGGGCUCCCCUGGUGGGGGGCCUACCGUGGCAGACCCUUCACAGCAUUCUUCUUCACUUGAUCCUACAGCUGACCUUCCAUCAGACCUGACACCUGAUCUCAGCACUCAGAAAAUUGUCUAAAACAAGCACCUACCCAUGCUGGCCUCUUAAAAUACAGAUCUUAAAUUUAAAUCACCGUAUAAAUCAUCAAGUAUUAUUGUAAUCUCUGUGCAAUGUAGUGAUUUUGUUUGUAGUGUUCAUUUAAACUAGUAUUACAUACAUGAGCAAAAUUUUUGAAUGUAGUGGAAAACAAAACACAAAAUUAGUAGUUUUCACUUCAGUUAAAAAUAAGCCACACAACUUUUUAUUCAUAUGAUUCUAUUCUAAAACAAUCCUAAUUUACCAUUUUCAUCUGGAGUGGUUGUUCCGACAAGUUUCUGUUUUAUCCAAAAGGUCAAUUAAUUAUGAAUAAUAUUUGUAUAGCUGUUAAAUGCUUAUACAUUGAAAAAUAUGCAGGAUGAUAUAACAUAAAUGUUAUAUGUAACACAUGUCCUCCUUAAUACAUUUACUUAUUUCUAAAUGGCCUUAUUAGUUUUAAAUUUUAUUUGGCUUUUAUUAGGGAUUUUAGUAAAUGUAUUGAACUUAGAGACAUGUGUUCUCAUAUUGAUCUUUUAAUACAGUUUUAUAGUAUUUGUUAUGUUUGAUAUGAUCACCAUUAUAAUUUUGUACCUAAUUUAAAAAGAAAUUAUAAUUUUAGUUUUAUGGAUUGUUGUCACCUCAUGUAUUCACUAUAAGGUUCUAAUGUGUCUAAAAAAACUUAAAUAACUUAAUUAUUUAUAAUAUAACCCUUUCCUGGCCAAGUUCCUCCAGAGGAAGCUUGGUUCUAAAGUUACGAAGACAAUAACCAUGUCCAACAUACUUAUCCAUGGGUAACAUUUCCAAACGCCUUGUACUGCUUUACCACCUUUUCACUUUGUGCUGCUGUCAUGCAGUGAUUUUUAUUAAAAUGCUUUUUAAAUGAUUAUUGGCAGCAAUGAUCUCAUUGUUCACCAAAUUUGUUUGCUUUGUGCUGCUAUCCAGGAGUCAUAUGAAAUGUUUUGUACUUAGUUCCAAAUGACAGUGAUAUAAUGGUUAAAUGUGUCCUGCAGCUUAUCUACUAUUACAAUUUCUUUCGACAAGUAGUUUUAUUUUAUGUAAUUACUAAAACUAUGAGCAACUUACUUUAGUAACGGCUUACUGAGGAUUAUAAAUUACGGGUAGCUUACAGUGAUAAUUUUUUAUAUUUACAAGAUAUAAAAAAUGAUAUUCUUAUAAGACAAUACGAAUUAUUAUUUUAUGUACUUGUGAGCCUUAUAAUUUUUAUAAUAUCGCCUUUUCAAAUAGCAUUAAAUUCAUUAAAAUGAUGUAACACACGUUUUAUUAGAUAAGAAUUGUUAAAAACGAACACAAAUAAGUGAUCUUCAAUAAUAGUACCUGGUAGCACCAUAAGCGUGGAUAUUUGCCUGGAAAAGGGUUAGUAAAAAGAUUAUUUUUGGUUUUUCGAUCACUCUUCACGUUCUUUUAAGUUUCAAUAACAUUUUUAAUACUUUUUAAAUAUAGCUGUACUUUGUAGAUUGUGUCUUAGAAUAAAAGUAACAGGAGUGUAAAAGACAUAUUACCAUAAAUACAGUCAAUUAAUCUUAGCUCAAAAAGGUAUAACAAUAUGUCUAAAUCUCAAAAUGUAUAAUGAUGCUUAUAUAAGUAAUGACAACAUGAGGAAUCAGAUGUAGACAGAAGAUUAACUAAAUAUUGCUGAAAGGGCCCUCACAACACCACAUGAGAUGAACAGAUAUCUCCUCCACAAACAAGCACUUAGUCUUGUCUUGAAUCGAUGAGGAGAAAUCUUGAAUUGUCUUGAAAGGCAUUAAAUUCAUGAUAUUUAAUAACCUUUUGAUUUGCACUUAUAUUCAUAUGAAAAGUUGCAAUAUCAGAAUCUUCAUUCUUAUUGGUCCUUUGAAAUUCUAUUCCAGACUAAGUGUAUUCAUUUUUGCUCUAUGUAUUAGCAGAAGUAAUGAUAAAUCAUGAAUAUUGAAACACAAGAAUAUUAAAAGUUCUGUAUUAAUAAGGUAAAUUUCUCAUUUUAAAUCUCAAGCCGGAAAUAUGCUAUUUCCACUUAGUCUUGUUUUAUUUGCAAUCCCAACUUUUACCAUACUUAUUUUGUACGCAAAAUAUUCCGUUGCUUCAGGGGAAAACUAAAUUAUUCUUAAAAUUAUUUGUAUUAGCUGUCAAUGUUGCUUACAUACUAUCGUCUAAUCGCAUGUUUAGUUGUGGUAAUAAUUACCUCUACUAUUAAUUUUCCACUUUUUAAUAUUUAUAUUCAGAGAAACUACUUUUAAUGAAAAAUCCCUUUGUAAAAGUCCAGUUGAUAAGUUGAGUGGAAUGUCAGUUGAACAAACAGGCCACUAUAUAGCUUUUAUACAGUUACACCAGCGUAACUAAUUCAGACUAGAGGUAUCAAGAGACAGCUACAUUUUGUGACAACACUGUACUGUAAUAAUCAAGUAAUUAUUAAUUAAACCAACUGUUUAUUAAUUUUUCUCUGGUAUUUACUUGUUUUAUAAAUUUUUCUCUCUUUUAGGAAUUUUGUGUUGGGUUUGAACAAUUGUAAAACAAUUAAAACACAUAGUCUUAGUUAUACUUAUAAUCUGUAAUAAAAGAUACAGAAUUUUUUUAACUUUAAGGAAUAAAUGUUGAUACCUCUAGCCCAGGCGCUCUGUAAUAUGUAAUGUUAUUAUUUGAUGUACAACAUUUACUUUAUCAGCCCAAUUUCAUGUACUGUAGGUGUCAAUGAUACUUCUUCCUGGCUUUAAGAUAUAUCCUAGUGCACAAUAUGUUGACCUCAAAUAGAUCUGCACCUGUCAAUGUUGUUUAUUGUACUGUCGUCUCUGCAUAUGUAUGCACACAGCUAUAUUCAAUGUUACGCACAAGAAUACAGCAUAACACUCAUGAUCAGAAUUGUAUGUUAUAUGUAUAUGUGUACUUCAUGGCCAUUAUAAAAAUGUAAAGCUGUAACAGUUCCGGUGUUAUCUAUGCAUGAUAGAUGUUGGAUGGUUAUGGCUGCUAUUAUUAUUUUAACCCUUUCCUCACGGAAUUGUAUAAAUUUAUCAUUGUCCAGGUUCAUAAAAACACUCCUUUUAUUUUAACCCUUCAACAUGGGGAUUUUCUCAAACUUAACUGUUGUUUAAUUUGAAAUCUAGCCUACUGCCAUUGCUACAGUCAGUAAACUAUCUGGUCAUUGCCAUUUGGUAUUUUUAACACUCCAAAUAUGUAUUAUAAAAAUAAUUGACUGUCCAAAAUAACAGAAAUACUUGACUUACUCUAAGUUAAGAACAAUUCAAGCCAAAAGUCUCAACAUAGUAAACAAGUUGAAAUAAUGUAACAUCCACAUUAUAGAGGUGAAUGUUUUACUAAUAUCACUUGAGAUAUCUAAAAGUUAGCAAACAUUGUUCAGGUAUGAACAAAAUGGAUAGAACACAUAGAUCGCUCAGCAUAAUAUAGUUAUAUUGAGAAAAUGAACAGGUUCUAGAAUAUAAGCUGCAUCUUCGUGAAUUUUGUAGUGUGUUAACUUUACUUGUCUUUUCAAUUACUACUAAACACAACUUUUCUCAGAUUUACUAAACAUUUAAUCAUUAGCAUUAUUGCUUGAUCCGAUAUAUGGCUGGAACUGAAAUAUAAAGCUUACUUCAAAUUUUAAAAUUCCAUGUCCGAGUGGAAAGGGUUAAUUUUUAUGUUGAGUGUUCUGUGUUUUAAUGUUAAUAUAGAGUGUUCAACUUUUUUCACUUUAAAAAUGAUUUAUUUAUAUUUCCUUAGAUAAGCUCUUGUAAUAAUUUACAAAAUUUAAACAUCUAAUCUAUCAUUAUUAUUAUCAUCAAGUAUAUUAUGUUUUUAUAUAAAAUCAGUAAUAACUAGUAUUCUUUACAAUAUAUUUGUAGAUUUUCACUCUAAAAUUUUACUCAUAAAUCAUCAUUCUAAGUUGCAUAGAAUUUCAAAAUAGAAAUCCUAAAGUACUCAUUUCAACAAGUCUUUUACAUUUCUAAUGUUUUAAAAUUGAGAAGUAUACCUUGUAGAAGUGUCAAAUCAAUUUGAAUAUUUUGUCUUCCAAAAACUUAGUAUUUUGUAAUACUGCUUUCGAUUAAAUAUGUAGAAUAUACGUAGUAAUAAAUAUUUAAGCUAAAAAAAUAUUUAAAUACAUAUUUUUUAUGAAGUUUAAACAAUAUCUUUACUUUUUCAGAAUCGUAAUUAUUUUUAUUAAUUUUAGGUAAAAGAAAUCAAUUUGAGUAAUUGAUAUGGAUAGAACCAGAUCUUUAGUACUGAAAUGGUAAUGUAUUGGUUAUUUGCCAUUAAUUUUUAACAAUAAGAACACAUUUUUGAUGUUAAAGAUAAACAUGAUAUGGUAUUUUUAUGAUGCAUUAUUUUUAUGAUGGUUUAACAUUAUAUUUUUAUAAAUAUAUAUAGUGAUAAAGGUUUUGCCUGUUAUUAUAAAAGUUCAUAUGUCAAUUGUCAUGGUAAUCAAAAACUGCUUUGUACCUUGUUCAUGUAUUUAAAUUUAUAAAUACUAUUUUUGACCGAAGUUUAUAAACACUGUGCCAAAUAAUUUACAAUAUUCUAAACUAAUUUUAACUGUAAGAAUAGUCUUGAAUGAAUGUAUUUGAAGAGAAUUAGUUUUACUAUAUGUACCAUUCAGUAGUAUUUUACCAUUUAAGUAUAUAGGGGUGGGGCGAUUCUCGACUUUGGUAUCACUAGUUUAUUAGUGGUAUCAAUUAUUCAGAAUUUGUUGGCUGUUUUUACUCUGUUCUGAUACCGAUGGGUUUGGAUUUAAAAGACUUUUUGAAGUGAUGGAUUUUUUUUGGUCCUGAGGGAAAAGGACGGCUUGUCCCCGUACUUAGUCCUAAAAGGACCUUUGCGCCUCCCUUACUUAAAUUUGUGUCCUUAAAGUUCGAGGCUUUUGCAGAAGCCGAUCAGAUUUGAGGGCUCCUGUUCUCUGAUGUCCUUGGGGCUGAGGAGAUAUGCUCUCAGGAAUCUUUUCCGAGUUUCUAAGAUGGCAGGACAAUCUAACCAAAUAUGCUCUGCUGAUUCCUCCUCUUCUCCACAGUCUACAUUCGUGAGUCUGGGUAAGGCCCACCACCCUCAUAAGAUGUUUCCUUAGGGGACCAUGUCCUGUCAACAUCCCUAAUAUCAGUCUUAUAUCCUCCUUACUCUGAUCCAAGAGAGCUGCCCACCCUUUAUCGUAAGGAGAGAUAAACAUUUAGGAUAGUCUUAAUUCUGAGGCUCUACUCCAAUUAAAGUUUCUUAUCCUCUUUUCCCAAGUGAUGGAUUGGUUCUUGGAUUUUGGUUUGGAUAGUUCUCAAUGGUAUGUACCCGAGGACUAAAUAUAAAAUAUGGCAAAAGUUUGUUGCCAUAUUUUACAUACAUAACCGUUCUAUAUGAAACACCAUAGCCCCUAUUCUUGUUGGCGAUGUUCAGGUUUUUCACACUCAUGGCCUGAAAUUUAGAUUAAAAUUUGAAAUUAAGCUAAUUUGUUAAAUUGUCUGAGAUGGCUGUUGAAGUUGAUGGGGUUCAUUCCCUACAUAUCAGAGGUUCUUGCUAGCCUCAACAAGGGUGUGCCACCCCCUGCCUGCUUUGACUAGAGACUAGAGAGGCUGGUUCAGAGCUGGUCUCCCCUUCUUCCGGCGGGGACAUGACUUUGGGAUUAGUACCCUAAUCCUUCCUCAUGGAUCUCGAUAGCAGGCGGCCCCUACCGCUUAACCUUACCCAUCCUGAAUAUCCUGUCACUCCGGAAUCAGCGCUAAGGUCCUUAUAGGACUAAGUGCAAUUUAUAUGCUUCAUGUCCUAAGAGAACAACAAAAAAAAGUUUGUACAUCACGACUUUAUGAUGUAUUUUUCUGCUAGAGUGUCGCUCCUUAUAUUUGUUACUUAAAACAAUCUAACGUGUAGAGAUGUGUUUCCUUGUAUGGAUAUUUCUUAUUAGAAGUCUAAAACGAAGUAAAUACAAUCUUCAUCAGUUUCAGAACAGGAUCCACUUAAAAGUAUUAUAUCAAACUGAAAGGAAACCAACAGCGUCAUACUAGAGUAGCUGAUUAGCGCAUGUGAUCACCAGUCAGACAGGACAACUGGUUCUGUACAGCUGCUAUUCACAGAUGGCCCAAGUCGAUACUGCUGACACCAAAAGGUUAAAGAAAGAAUGCCAAGAAAAAUACCUGUCCCACUUUAUCGCCUCACCUCGCUUAUAUUAUAGAAAAGAGGAUUUUCAUCUUGUUACAUUUGAACAUAGUUGCCUGUGUAGGACAAACUUUAUUGAUAUAAUAUUGUAAUGAUAGGGCUGGUGGAAAGUCCCACACUAUAUAGAUUAGAUUAACAUUACACAAUAGUAUGUAUCAAUGGUAUAUGUACGAUAUAUAUAAGUUUUUGUAUAAUGUUGACCAUUAUGUCUGGUUUCACAUCAUUGUGAUAACGCUCACACAGGUGGUUAUUAUAUAGGUGUAGCUGUUAUCUGUUCCUAACGGAGAAGAGUGUGGUUUAAACACUACUGACCUGCCAACAUCUUUUACCCCUUUAACCCUUUAACAGAUAAUAUAUUUGGUCAAUUUCAAUGGCUUAAGACUUUGCCGAGCUGUAGAGGUCCACCCAGUACCAAUGAAUUGUCACUGAUGCACUGUAAUAAUUGAGGUUGUAUUCAGGGAAGAUAAUACAUUCUUUCCUCAUCCUCACGGCUGUAGAAACUAUGUUAGCUUCACAUGCUCUUAGAAUAAACACAAUCAUUGGUAGAUUUAGAAUUGUUUACCUCAAUUUCUAAUUCUAGAAAAGCAAUUUGUCUGAUCAAUAACAUUCUAGAUAAAAAUGUGUUUAUUUAUAAAGUGAGCCUCACCGAAGUCUUGUAUACUAGAACGAAAUAUUCAAUGCUUAACAGAACUUGGAGUAUUUAGUAAAAGCAAGUUGGAUUUGUAUAAGAGUUUAAAUUAAGAUAAUAUUACAUUCCUGCAAAAUAUUUGACAUAAGUAAAUUCAGUUUUCUAUAUAUCUUGAAUAUUAAUAAAAAGGUGUAUAUUUAUGGUUUUUUUCUGUUUGAUUAGUUAGUGUGCGAUUGAUUGUUUUCUGUGCUUGAUGUAUUGCAUCCAAAGCUAGUCAAUUACUGGAUCUUACAAUGUUACUCUUGUUACCAUAUUCUAAUUAUGUUGUUUUCUUUUAACUUAAAUACAUACAUUUUGUCAGUCACUUUAUCAUACUUUAGUCAUGAUUUUAAUUUAGUGUUCUUGUUUUAUUUUGUGUCUUGUGUUGUUUCUUUUUGUUUAGUGUUUAAUUAGUGUUCGUGGUAGUGGCGAAAUUGUUGCGCUAUGUUCAAUGUGUGCGUUUUGUUAUUUGUAGAGAUAGGUGUGAUGUAGACUUAAACUUAACAAUAAUCCAUUGGGCAUAAAAUCAAAAGUUGAUUUGGUGCAGUACUUAAUCUGUUGAGAUUUUUGUAUCUGGGUUUUCUAUAUGUAUUGGAAAAAUAAGUGGUCCAAUUUUAUUAGGCUUUAUAUGAUAAUUAUUAAACAAAAUUAUAUCCAUAGUAAUGUACUUAAUAUACUUUUGUGAAAAUUAAUUAAUUGGUGGCACUGAAGUAACUGAUGGAUGUAUAAAUGUUAUACCUAGUCUACGAGUAUAACUGUCUAAUGCUACUUUUUCUAAUACCAAUACAACAUUUCAAACAAUGUAGGCCAAUGUGAGUUAAGAAGUUUUGUACAUAGGUAAAUAGAGAUGGCGCCAGUCAGGAGGUCUCACAGGUGUGUCAGCAGAGGAUUUGGGGAGUAACCACCUUUUCCCACAAUUUUUAAACAAACUACAGUAAAGAAUAGGAGGUAAAGGUAUAUGAUUUUUGUCCGUAAAAUAUUGUACCUCCCUUUGCUGACCCUCUCAGCCUGGAUAUGUGGGGGACUCUUCCGAGUCACAACACUCUAUUUAAUAUUUUAUUACAUGUGCUUGGAUUGCAUUCCACUAAAACUGAAAGUCUUGAGCAAAUGUUUACAUUAGGUUUUGCCAGAAACGUGGCCGUUAGCUUCAGGCACAAUCCCUGUGAUGCAAAGCUUUUAAGGACGCCUAUGGGCGAUACUCAUAUAAGAGCUAUUUUAUUUUGUUAUUAUUUGUCAUAAGACAUGUGGGAGUCUGCUCAGGGGAAUAAUUUAUUUGUAAUCAACCGGGAAGUUAUUUUUCAAUAAAAAUACUCUUGUAAAGCUAUUUAAAACUAAACAUAUGUGUAGCUAUUGGAUUUUUGGUGGCUUUAAAGUAAUUUAAUAAUUAUUAUUGAUUUUUGUAAAUCUUAAAUUCAUUUUAGUUCAGCUUCAUCCUCAGUCUCUUCCAAUUUGGAGUCUAUAUCUUGAUGGACAGUGAGUUGUAUAAAUUUUGUCCCUUAUAUGGUGUAUUGACAGGGCGUAUAUUGGUUGUAAAAAUAGUGAGCAUCUGUUCACUGAGGAAAUUCCUGUCUACAACACCUGUUUUAGCAAUUGGAGUAUAGGCCUUCAACCUCCAUAAGUAGAGAAAUCUAUGAAGCCUCCAUAGCCAGCUGCUCAGGGGUCAUGGAUCAAAGUUCUUUUUCCAUGAUCUUAAAUUAUGAGAACUAAAACUCGGUAACUAUGUUACCUACCGAUACUGCCAUCUCAAGCUGGAACCCAAAUUAACCAAGUGUUUUAUCUGUUGGAUUCUCUUAAUGAUGUAGGCUGAUUCUUGAUUUCUUACACAAGUUAACAAUAUGACAUGUCCAUUAGAUCAUUUUGCCAAUCACCCUCUGAAAUUUUGCAAGCUUUUGGAAGAACUUCAAUAAUGGGCUGUAUUUUGCUGUAUACUAGAAAGUAGCCAGUUCAGAAGAUUGCAUUGAGAUUAUAAAAGUAGACAGAAUUUUUCAAUAACAACAGAAUAUGGAUUAAUUUAUGCAGAAAUUGGGAAGAAUAAAAAGAGCAUUGCUAAUCUGACUGGCGACAUCUCUGCCUAUUGAUUUAUGUUGAAUCUGAUCAUAUUUGGACGCACUUGUCCAUACAGUAAGUAUUAAUUUUUUAUGUACUUAAAAUGAUAUAAAUACACAAUGUGUUUAUUCUUGUAUGUAUAAAUAAUAAAACAAUAUACAAUGUUAAUUAUUAGUCAAAUACUUAAUUACUAUAUUGAUAAAUUGUGAGGAAUUGAUCAGAGCUUUACGUUAUCCCUAUUUUAAUAUAUAGUGACAAUCAGUGUAUUUUGUUGUGUAGUAUGAAAAUAAAUAAAAAUCCUUUUUCAACAAGUGAA